UUCUGAAAAGUGAAAAGGUAAUUUUAGCCAAUUGUAGCUAGGAGUGUCAAAUCCCCGAUUCCCCCUCCUUUCCGGGCGGAGCCUUGGCAGGUAGAUAGAGGGAGAGCGGAGAUCGCAGGCUGAAUACUUCGGCACAGCAAUAGCAAACAUAGGCCUUUUUAUAAACUUCGGAAAACCCAUAGAAACAGAUCUACACUGAGAUCGAACCUAGUCUGCAACAGCACCAACCCCGACAGGAUGGCGUCCGAAGGGGCAGUGUUCCACUCAAACCCUGCCAGCAGUCCGGCCAGUAUGCCCAGUAACCCCCUGUUGAACCAGCUGCCCAGUUACCAGUCUCUGCUAUACCGCAGGAAGCAGUCAACAAGGGGCAGUGGGCGGGAUCAAAGAGCGAGCACCUCUCGACCGCGAAUUGGAUCAUCCUCCAGCGGCAGGUGGGCGGGGAUCAGCGCAGAGACAAGGUCCCCAGACCCCACCCCACAACGGCCGGCCCGAGAACUGCCUGUAAACAUGAAGGAGAAGCGCCUCUUAGCCAGAGAGCAGCAACUAAUGCAGAACAAAGACCUGAGCAGCUGGGAGCGAUUUCACCUGAGGAGACUACGAUCCUGGAGGCGAUUCAAAGACGAGAGCCAUGAGGUGCUGUUAACACUGCAGCUUUGGAGGAAAGACAUCCACACUAUAGAGGGUAAAUUUGGUACCGGAAUACUGUCGUACUUCUCGUUCUUGAGAUUCCUGGUCCUUUUGAACUUCGUGAUGUUUGUCCUGAUAUUCGGCUUCAUCACACUGCCAGUUGUCAUCUCCUCAUACGGAUUUGGAAACGGUACCUCCAGCUACACAGAUGUGAGUGAUUGCACAACGUACCCUAGCAGCUCACGCCAAGGCCUAGUGCUCUUUCAUCAAUACAUCAUAGACCUGCUCUCUGGAACGGGUUUUCUGGAGGAAACAUACCUGUUCUAUGGCUACUAUAGAGUCAGUACUGUGCAUUUCACUAAGUUCAUGUACAACGUGCCUCUGGCCUACCUGCUAGUGACCAUCGGCUACCUCUUACUCAGUCUUCUCUGGAUUGUUAAAAGGUCCGUGGAGGGAUUCAAACAGAAUCUGGUCCAGGAUCAAGAUCGCUUCCAGAGCUUCUGCAACAAGAUCUUUGCCGGUUGGGAUUUCUGCAUCACAGAUGAGAAUGCUGCUCGGCUGAAACAAAGCAGUCUGCAGUACGAGCUGAAGACAGAUCUGGAGGAGGAGAGGAUCAAGCAGAAGAUUGCAGAGCGGACUCUCGCGGAGAAGGGCCGUAUCUACCUGCUCAGACUGGUCCUCAAUCUCUUCGUACUGGGAGUGCUGGCAGGCUGCUUCUAUGCCAUCUACAGAGCCACCAUCUACUCUCAGGAGCAGGCUACACUGAUAAAACCUAAAAACUUCAUCCUGGAUCUGCUUGUGGAGUACCUGCCCUCCAUUGUCAUCACUUUAGCCAACUUCGUCACCCCCCUGAUCUUCGACAUGAUCAUCCAGUUUGAGGAUUACACCCCUGCCUUCGAGAUCCGCUUCACACUCAUGAGAUGUGUGUUUGUCAGGCUGGCCAGUAUCGGGGUGCUGCUCUUCUCUCUCUGGUCUCAGAUCACUGCCUGUGUGGAGCCCUGCCCUUGCGGGUACAACCACAAGCUCUACCCGUGCUGGGAGUCCCGAGUUGGCCAGGAGAUGUACAAACUGAUGAUAUUCGAUUUUAUCAUCAUUGCAGCUGUUACAAUACUUGUAGAGUUUCCAAGGAAACUCAUCGUGAUGCACUGCCCGUGUGCACUGACAAUGUGGUGGGGUCAGCAGGAGUUUGCCAUCCCGAAGAACGUUCUGGAGAUUGUGUACGGCCAGACAAUCUGCUGGAUCGGAGCCUUCUACUGCCCCCUGCUGCCUGCCAUUAGCACCAUCAAGUACUUCAUCAUCUUCUACAUCAAGAAGGUCUCUCUGAUGCAGAACUGCCGCCCGUCAACUCGUCCUUUCCGGGCCUCCAGCUCCAACUUCUUUUUCCUGGCUGUGCUGCUGAUCGGCCUGGCAAUGGCCUGCGUGCCAGUGGGAGUGAGCAUUGCACAGAUCAACUCCUCCAAGGCCUGUGGCCCCUUUGUGAACUACACCACCUCGUGGGAGGUGGUGCCUAACACCAUAGACCAGCUUCCCCCCAGCCUGCGCUCCUUCUUCCAUGGGGUUGGCUCCGAGGCCUUUGCUGUGCCCUUCUUCGUGGUCGUCUGCAUGGUCCUGUUUUACUUCAUCGCCCUGGCCGGAGCGCACAAGCGCGUUGUGAACCAGCUGAGAGAUCAGCUCAUCAUGGAGGGGCGAGACAAGCGUUUCCUUAUCCAGAAGCUGUACCAGGCUCAGAAGGAAUCCUGGAUGUCUCCACAACACAGAUCAGGUUCAGGAAUCAGCCAGCCAUUGGGGUCAGGCCAGCUGUCAGGGGUGUUCCUGGAGCAGCACACAGGGGCCAAUAUGACGCACGCCUUGACCGAAGAAAACAGCUCAGGGAUUGCGGGUGGAUACACAGGCAGCACCGAACCCAGAUUCUGCACGGCUACAUACAAACCGGUAGAGAUGGGGGUGCCCUGGGUGUUUUUGGUGGCAGUUAGCGCUCAGUUAGCCUUUAUGAAAGCCGAGGAUAUCGUGGUUGGAUGCGGGGGGUUCGUGAAGUCGGACCUGGAGAUUAAUUAUUCCCUAAUCGAGAUAAAGCUGUACACUAAGCAGGGAUCACUGAAGUACCAGACAGACUGUGCCCCCAUUAACGGAUACUUCAUGAUACCCCUAUAUGACAAGGGCGAUUUUGUUUUGACGAUUGAGCCUCCACUUGGAUGGAGUUUUGAGCCUACCAGUGUUGAUCUCCAUGUGGAUGGUGUGACUGAUAUCUGCACCAAAGGAGAGGACAUCAACUUUGUCUUCACUGGCUUCUCUGUCUCUGGGACUGUGCUGAGCAAGGGCCAGGAGUCUGGGCCUGGUGGGGUUCAGGUGUCCUUGAGGAAGUCUGGAGAUGACGUUGACAUGCAAACCAUCCACACACAGCCAGGGGGCAAGUACACAUUCUCAAAAGUGCUGCCUGGCAACUACGAUAUCUUUGCAUCUCACCCCACAUGGACCCUGCAGCAGGGUACCACCUCUGUACGUGUUUCUAACUCCAAUGCCCAGGCCGCAGCGCCCCUAGUGGUGGAGGGGUAUGAUGUCUCAGGAGCAGUGCGCAGUGAUGGGGAGCCCAUGAAGGAGGUCACCUUCCUGCUCUUCUCCUCAGCCGUCAGGAAAGAGGAUAUCUCUGGCUGCAGCCUGGCCUCGGUGGAAGGCUAUCAGUCUGAAGGAGACUCUCUGUCCUUCCUCUGCAGUGUGCUGUCCAGAGAGGAUGGCACCUUCACUUUCUCAUCCCUCCCCAGUGGAGAGUACACUGUGCUACCCUUCUACAGAGGAGAGAGAAUUACCUUUGAUGUUGCUCCGUCACGGAUGGACUUCAGAGUAGAGCAUGACAGUUUAAAGCUAGAGCCCGUCUUUCGUGUGAUGGGAUUCUCUGUGACUGGCAGGGUUUUGAACAGCCCAGGAGGACAGGGUGUACCCGAUGCCACUGUGAACCUCAACGACCAAAUCAAAGUCCUAACAAAGGGAGACGGUUCUUUCCGCCUGGAGAACAUGACCACAGGGACCUACACCAUCCGAACCAACAAGGAGCGCAUGUUCUUUGAGCCGAUCACUGUCAAAAUCGCUCCAAACACACCCCAGCUCCCUGACAUCAUCACUACAGGGUUCAAUGUGUGUGGUCAGAUAUCGAUCUUGCUCCUGCCUGAGGGGAUGAAGCAGCGGAGCCGCUACAAGGUGACACUGACCCCUCAGGGCAAGGAGAAGACAAGCUCCCGUACCGUCGAGUCUGACCCCCAGGGAGCCUUCUGCUUCCAGGCCAAGCCUGGAGAGUACAGCAUCCAGGUGUCUUUGCCCGAGUCAGAGGUGAAGGCAGGCCUGGCCCUGCUUCCCAAGUCCCUAGCUGUGUCCCUGGUCGACAGGCCCCUGGAUGAUGUCCAUUUCACUCAGCUCAUGGCCUCUGUGUCUGGAAAGGUCUCGUGCCUGGCUGUCUGCGGUGACCUCACAGUGACCUUGCAGCCGGUGAGCCGUCAGGGUGAAAAGCGCAGCGCUCAGCUCUCUGGGAAAGGGGAGUCCAUCCCGUUCUCCUUCGACAGUGUCCUACCCGGCAAAUACAAAGUGAGCAUCGGACAGGAGGAGUGGUGCUGGAAACACAAGUCUGUGGAGGUGGAGGUUCUGGAGGAGGAUGUGCUGGGGGUGGAGUUUAAGCAGACUGGAUACAUGCUGCGCUGCUCGCUGUCCCAUGCCAUCACACUGGAGUUCUACCAGGAUGGCAGCGGUCCUGAGAAUGUGGGGGUUUACAACCUGUCCAAGGGAGUCAAUCGCUUCUGCCUGUCCAAGCCAGGUGUGUACAAGGUCACUCCACGCUCAUGUCAUCAGUUUGAGCAGGACUUCUACACUUAUGACACGUCUGCUCCGAGUAUCCUGACUCUGACUGCCAUUCGGCACCAUGUGACUGGGGUCAUCACCACGGAUACAUUAAUGGACAUCACUGUUACCAUCAAGUCCUCCAUUGAGAGUGAGCCAGCCCUAGUGCUCGGUCCUCUCAAGUCCCUCCAGGAGCAGCGUCAGGAGCAGCAGCUGCAGGAGAUUGAGCUACGCAGGCAGGAGCGGGAGCGAAGAGGGGAGGGGGAAAGCAAGGAGAGCCCCCCUGUCCAGGAGAGAGCCGAGGAUCUGCACGGCCCCUUCAGCUAUGAGUUCUCCUACUGGGCUAGGGCUGGUGAGAAGAUCACUGUAACCCCUUCAUCCAAAGAGCUGCUGUUUUACCCUCCUGAGGUGGAGGCCACCAUCACUGGAGAGAACUGCCCAGGCCAGUUGGUGGAGGUGGAGGGGAAAGCUGGUCUCUUCCUGGAGGGUCAGAUCCACCCAGAGCUAGAAGCAGUGGAAAUCACCAUCUCUGAGAAGGGGGCUACCACGCCACUAAUUACUGUCGCUACCAACGAGGGGGGAGCCUACAGUGUGGGCCCCCUUCACCGGGACCUUGAGUACACCAUCACUGCCAGCAAGGAGGGCUUUGUGCUCAGCCCGGUAGAGGGCACACAGGGGGACUUCAAGGCCUUUGCACUGGCGGGUGUCACCUUUGAGAUCAAGUCCGAGGACAACCAGCCUCUCUCGGGAGUUCUGCUGUCUCUGAGUGGAGGGCAGUUCCGCUCCAAUCUGCUAACCCAGGACAGCGGAGUCCUCACCUUCAACAACCUGAGCCCCGGACAGUAUUACUUCAAGCCCAUGAUGAAGGAGUUCCGAUUCGAACCUGCGUCCCAGUCGAUCGAGGUGGAGGAGGGGCAGACUUUGAACAUAGCUAUCAUCGGGUACAAGACUGCAUACAGCUGUUAUGGCACAGUGUCAUCUCUGAGCGGUGAUGCUGAGCAGGGUGUGUCUGUGGAGGCGGUGGGGCAGGGCGACUGCAGCCUGUAUGCUGAAGACACGGUCACAGAUGAGGAGGGCAAGUUCCGUUUGCGUGGCUUGCUGCCGGGGUGCAAGUACCUGAUCCAACUGCGAGCCGAGGGCAACGACCACAUCGAGAGAGCGCUGCCACAGCACCGCGCCAUCGAGGUUGGCAACAGCGAUAUUGAGGGUGUGAACAUCAUUGCGUUCCGACAGAUCAACCAAUUUGAUCUGAGUGGCAACGUGAUCACCUCUACUGAUUUCCUCCCCACACUCUGGGUGAAGCUUUACAAAAGUGGCAAUCUGGAUAACCCUGUUCAGACUGUGUCUUUGGGACAGUCUCUGUUCUUCCACUUUCCACCACUGCUACGUGAUGGAGAGAACUAUGUGAUGAUGCUGGACUCCACGCUCUCCCACUCGCAGUACGACUUCUCCCUGCCUCAGGUCUCCUUCAGCUCCUCUGGUUACCACAAGCAUGUCACCCUGACCUUCAACCCCACGCGUAAACUGCCUGACCAGGACGUGUCUCAAGGCUCCUACAUUGCACUGCCCCUCACCCUGCUGCUCCUGCUGGCUGCCUACAACCAUGAGAAGGUGAUCCCAGUGUUGCUCCAGCUAGUGAGCCGUGCUCAGGGGGUGCGAGCCCUGGGUCAGGCAGGAGGAGGAGACAGCGCCGCCUUUGAGGACGCCAAACGCCAGUCCAAGAGAGCGAAAACCAGGCGCACAUAAGAAGGUGGGGGUUUGGAGCAGAGCUCCCCCCCCCCCUCUUCAAGCCUAGACUUGGCAGAGCCUGGAGCCUCUGACUCGUCAUUGCACCAAGCAGGGGGACAUACCACCACAGUGACAGUGAGAAUUCCUGUAUUGAGAUUGGGAGUGUUGGAGACUGUUUGAUCAGCUUGAGGCAUGUUGCACCUGCUCCUCUGAUCACUCUUGACCUUACCACAGAACCUCCCAGUGCGAAGCGAUCAUUUUACUGUAUUCUUUGUGCUCAAUCCGGUUGUCCCAUGUUCUAAUUUUCUGUAUCGACCAAAAUAUGGGCAUUGGGUAUUCCCAUCCAUGGCAUUUUAAAGGUGCUGCAGAGUACACAGCAAUGGUGGACUUGUCUACUGUGUUCUGUAUUUUGGUCUAUUCAUUGCAUUUUUUUCUUUUUUUUUUCUUUUAAUUUUAGUGUUCUAUAUAGUCAGUUUCUAAAUAGUCAGGCACUGUGGCCUAACUAUCUCCUGCCAAUGCAUCAGAGGCUAUUGAGUUAGCCCACUGCUCCAUAUUGUGUGUGUGCAUUUGUGAGUACAGAGGUAUCUGCAUUUUCAGUGUGAAUAAUUUCACUUGAAGUCCUAGACUGAAAGCCCUUUCAAAAAGGAUUCUGUGUGAGGCAUUGAAAUUUGUAUUCUUGAGCCUUGUUGAGACUGGAGUAGUCUUGGUUUAAAAAAAAAAAAAAAAAAAGAAAAAUUGGACCAUUACUGGUUUUGUUGUCCUGCAGGAAAACUAUUUCUAGGAUCUCAGUAAAACUCAACAUUACUGGAUAGUCAGAACUUAUUAUCCACUGUGGUUCCUCAGUUUCCUCAAUUUCAUUUAGUUUUAAAUUUGAAUGAUCAGAUCUUUAUUUGAUAUCUAUUUUAGCCCACUUUUUCAGGAAAUAAAAAAUGAAUUGUGGAAUAUUUUCUUUUAGUUCUUUCCCUUUGUUACUACAAUGCAAGUGAAUUAGGGACUUGCUGGUAUAAAACUAAUUUUUGGGGAGGGGGGUUGUUGGGGAAAGAAUGUGAAUAAUUUUGAAAUAUUGAACCUAAUAAAAAUGACCUGGGUUUUCA